CUCCGCCCACCGGAUUUGAGGCCCAAACUACAUAUCCCAUGAGGCCCUGGGCGGCUGCGGCGUUCCACCGGAAAAGGGCUCUCUAGAGUGGGGGAGGAGCCCAAAAGGGAUUGUGGGAGAAAGGUUUCUUCCUUUUCGUCUGGCGGCAGCCAUCUGGUAAGCCAAGAUGGGUGCGUACAAGUACAUCCAAGAGCUCUGGAGGAAGAAGCAGUCCGAUGUGAUGCGGUUUCUUCUGAGGGUCCGCUGCUGGCAGUACCGCCAGCUCUCUGCGCUCCACAGGGCUCCCCGCCCCACCCGGCCGGAUAAAGCUCGCAGGCUGGGAUACAAGGCCAAACAAGGUUAUGUCAUAUACAGGAUUCGUGUGCGCCGGGGUGGUCGCAAACGUCCAGUUCCUAAGGGAGCAACUUAUGGCAAGCCUGUCCAUCAUGGUGUUAACCAGCUAAAGUUCGCACGCAGCCUUCAGUCUGUUGCUGAGGAGCGAGCUGGACGCCACUGUGGGGCUUUAAGAGUUCUCAAUUCCUAUUGGGUUGGUGAAGAUUCCACAUACAAAUUCUUUGAGGUUAUCCUCAUUGAUCCGUUCCACAAAGCCAUUAGAAGAAAUCCUGAUACCCAGUGGAUCACCAAACCAGUCCAUAAGCACAGGGAGAUGCGUGGGCUGACAUCUGCAGGUCGCAAGAGUCGUGGCCUUGGAAAGGGCCACAAGUUCCACCACACUAUUGGUGGUUCUCGCCGUGCGGCUUGGAGAAGGCGCAAUACUCUUCAGCUCCACCGUUACCGCUAAUAUAAGUGAUGUUUGUAAAACUCAUAACCUAAUAAAUAAUUUAGGUCA